AGCGGGGAGUGUUGGCAAACAUUGAUAGUGUUGCUUCCCCGUUAGCUGGGGAAGGGGGGCAAGAAAGGAAUUGGAGCCACAGGAAACUGCAGGUGACCUGAGAGGGAGCACAACAACGUGUGACUCUGGAAAAGCUUCCGGUAAAUGAGGACUGAGGUUCCGGAGUCGAUGGUGCAGGCUCUCGCUCAGCUUCUGCGGGACCAUGGGGACAGUGUGCUGGACGGAACCCGCGUCCUGACCCUUCUCACCCCAAGCCUGCAAGUCGUGACCCGCCUGUUUGAACAGCUCUUUCCACGGGGCCCGGGAACUGGGUUCCAAGCACUUCCGGCCCACCCUACAGACAGCAUCGCCAUCCUGCGCACACAGUUCCUGCUCGAUAUCUUGCAGAAGACUCCAGCUCUCAAGCUUGCUCACCCUCCCGAAUGUCCCCGCCAGUUUGAUGUGAAUAUUUUUCCGUUUAAGUCCCUAAAACGUUUGGAGUUACGAUGUCUCCCCCCACACUGCCUGAGGGGGCUGCGAGGGGUUUACUCACAGCUGGAGGUCCUCACCUGUUCACACUGUGUCACCAGCUUAGAGGAGGUAAUCUCUCUUUGUGGUGGGGAUCUGAGUUCAGCCCUGCCCUGGCUGGAACUGCACACGCUCAACUUCAGCUACAACACCAUCCACAGCCUGGACCAGUCCUUGGAAUUGUUGAACAUUCUGAGGAUUUUGGACUUAAGCCACAAUUGUAUUAAAGACUGCGGCCCAUAUUUAAAGCUUCUCUCUGAGCUCCAGUACCUGAAUCUGGGGUUUAAUUGUCUGACGUCCAUCCCGGAGCUUGGCUUACAGUCCAGCGCCCAGCUCCACACCCUUAUCCUGAGAUACAACCAGCUGUCCAGCACCAACGGUCUGGAACAUCUCUCAAACCUUCAACACUUGGAUCUGUCCUAUAAUCUACUGCUCGAUCACUCACAGCUUAAAGGUUUGGCUCGGCUGCACAACCUGAAAAAGCUCUUCCUGGAGGGAAACCCUCUGUACUACCAUGUAGAGCAUCGAGCACUGACCGCCCAACAUCUGUCCCGUAAAGCCUCUGACAAGGUUUUACUGGAUGGGAAACGGAUGACAGCAUUGGAGACAGCGAAUAAACAAGUGCUCAGAGAGCGAGUAAUGCUUCCACAACCCUGCAAUUCCGCCACGGAAAGUUCCUGCACUGGGGAACUGAGCGACAGCUGCUCCGCUCCGGAGAGGAUCCCCACCCGGCUCUCCCGCAAAAAAUCCAAGGUUAAAGUCCGAAGAGCCAGCAUCUCGGAACCCAGUGACAGUGAGUGUGAUCAGCGGGGCCAGCCAGUGGUUCUGCAGCACCAAAAAGACAUUGAGCGCACAGAUAGCUUUCGUGAGCAAUUCGGUGUCGACUGGCUACAGUACCGAACUCACCUGGAGGACGAGCUCAGCCAAGGCCAAAACCGCAAUGAAAGUCCCAGCAAACAUGCCCAAACUUUCACAAAGAGCAAAUCAUCUCCCACAAUACUGCUGACAGCUGGCAGAACGGACAGCGAGCCUCCUGUCCCUGUGAACCCCGGUCCAGCUAGGCCUCCCACCCCGGAGGUCAGCGCAGGCACUGCAGCCGCAGAUCUGUUGAUAGAAAAGAUAGAGGAUGUCCUGGAGGAUGGAGUGUGGGAGCCACAGAAGAUCAAUAAGAAAGAGGCAGAAGAGACGGAGGAGGAGAUUGUAGAAGAUGCCCUGUGUUUGCCAGUCACUGUGUGCCCUAUUUUGGAUGGCCAGCCGCGUAACUCCGACUGGCCAUGGGUCUUCCUGCGUGUGACACGCCAGCACCUCUUGGAGAUCGAUCUAGAGCGCGGAAGGGUGCUGGUCCGGAGGGAGCUUCAAAGCCUGCGGGAUAUUCAGACCUCUUAUACCCAGUGGAACUGGAAUGGGGAGGAGCAAGAGUUUCCUGUGCUGGCACUGUACUUCCACUCGGUGUGUGAGGAUAAGCAGUGUGCCCGCUACGUGGUAUUGGACAAAUCGCCGGAGAUCUCUAUAAAGACACUGCUGGACGUGUUGUAUCCCGUUCUGGAAGACAAUUUGAGACUGACGGCCGAGGGGGAAGAAGGUCCUCCCAAACUGCAGUGUCUCAAGUGCAAAAGUGAAUUCAUCCACCAGGAAGACAGCGGUGUCGUCUUCAGCUCCGAGGGGGAGGGGCAAACGCAGGACAAGAUGUCACAUGGUCUGCACAAUAACCACUCGGAUCACAGCGGCUGCCCGUCCUGCGGGAGCCUCCACGUCAUCCUGGCCCUGGCACAACAGAACGGCUACUCCAGCACACCGACCCAAUCCAGCCCCAGCGAGCAGCCACCACAGGGCACCCAGGGCGAGGGGCAGAAGUCCUUCUAUCUUGGAGAAGAUGAAAGAGACGGGUCAGAAGCGGGCAGCAGCUGUCCGGAUGGCAGCGACAGCGUAUUGUACGGCACGGCCACGCCGGAUGCCAACGUUAGCGGCCUGACCGGAAGUUACAAAUAUCACAAUACGACCCCUCCGGUCAGACAGGACAGCAUAGUGCUCCAGGACAACUGGCAGAUUAGCCCGACCUCUGUCAGCCCAAACCAGACUCUGGAUUUCCGGCUAGUGGAUCACCGUCUCAAGCUGUAUCUCGAUAUGGAGAUCCUGGGUGGGGAGAUGGAGGAAUUCCAAUGUUAUAUGAAGGUACCUGUGGUUCGCUUUGGUAAAGAGGGGGAGUUUUGGGCUCUUGUGGUGGUUUCCAAUCAGAAAAUCUACUUUUUGGAGAUAACUGGAGACACCAGCGAUCCUCCGUGUGAUUGGCUGCGGCUCGGAGAGGAACAGAGCCUGACAUCUCUCACCCACCUACACGUCGGACUGCAGAAACAGACUUUACAUUUGGGAUUCGGCACCCCAGAGGCGGCCUACACCCUGCUGACCAGGAACUGUUACUUCAGCACAACGUUCAGCCAGCACAUUCUGGAUACUCUGUCUGAGCUUCCUCCGCGUUAUCGCAGAGCUGUGGACUACAGCGUUGAGGAAGGAGUCACGCAGGGUCAUCGCCUAUGGCAUCUCCUACAUGAUAACCUUGGAGCAGGCAGCUGCAGCCCGGAUGAAUAUCGCUAUGUGCUGGCCUAUUACUUGCGAGAGGAAGUCACAACUGAUAAACCUGCAGGUUCCUGUGCGAAUGUAGUCCUUCAGAAUACAGCAUCCCCUGCAGCACGGGCACAGGGCGCUGCCAACGCCAAAUCAGUCUCUUUGCUGCUCACCCGUACUCAUAUGUACAUCCUAGAAGAGACUCAUCAAUGGCUUCACAAUGCCCCACCUGCUGAGGAGGACGCGGAUGAGGAGCCCGCGGAUGAAGUGCAGAUCAAGGAGAAGCAGCCCAUCAGCAGCAUCAGCUCUGUGCACUUGUACAGUUCUGCAGCACUGCAUCUGCGCAUCCAGCUUUAUAAUGAGACACAGCAGAAGGAAAGCGCUUGGCUUUUGUGGAUGGAGGACCCGGAUCUCCCUAAAGAGAUAGUAGAGUGGCUGCGUGUCCCCUGGGAGGCGGAGUAUCACAUACACUUCAAUCAGGUUAUACACGGAACCGUGGACUGA